CCGAAGGUGGAACUGCCGCUUCAGCUGCCGCAAAUGCAGCCACAUCGGCCGCUGCCAUACAGAUGUACAUGCAACAGAAGAAGACAAAUCUGCCAACGGCAUCAUCACAGUUCAACGGCUGCAACAACACAUCCAUCUCAGCGGCCACAGCAACAACUACGACGACAGCGGGUAUCGUGAAUUCGCCUCUGCUAGGCGGCGUUCCUGCGCAACAACACAAUGGCGGCCUUGGGAUCGCGCUUAGCAAUGGGCUGUCGGCCGCCGCCAUGAAUGGUCUUGAGCACAAACACCAACAGCACCAGCACCAGCACCAGCUGCACCAGCAACAACAGUUGCAAAUGCUGCAGCAUCACCGAUCUCAUCCUCACUUCAGCCACCAAAUGCACCUGCAGCAGACACAACAGCAACCCCCGCAGUCACAGCCACUGACGCCGGCAACGACUCCGACUCCGACUCCGACUCUGACUCCGACGCCAAAUUUGACGCUGGCGUCUUCGCAGGCCCAGUCGCAGCCGCAGCCGCAACCGCAACCGCAACCGCAAAGUAUUGUUAUAUCCUCAGUAUUGAUUAAAAAUGAGCCAGACAUCAGCGUCGCCCAACAACAGCAGCAGCAGCAGCAACAGCAGCAGCAGCAGCAGCAAAGCAGUUCAAGCAGUACUGGCGUUGGAUCCGAUGGUGGAGGCAGCUGCAACACGUCAAUGUCUGUAACUUCCGGCACUGGAGGCCCUGCAACCACAGCUGCAGCUAACACUAACACUAACACGAACAACGGCAUAAGCAGUAUGAGUCAAACUGUAAACGGAAGCGGCCCAUCUGCUGCCACAGAGUCGUCGGUCGUCGACAGCAGUGCUGCCAACGCGAAUGGCGUUGCCGCCGUUACAACCACCGCCACACCCGGCAACGCAGCAGAUUUGCUCGCCAGCGGCCACCAACAACAACUAAUGAUUGGCAUAGGAGGCAGUCAGGCCACGGGUGGCACUGCCGCCACCUCCGUUACCGCCACAUCAGCUGCUACGGGCACACUGGCUGCGACUAGCAGUGCUGCUAGCGUCACCAACGCUGGACUGUUGCCCUCAAUCAUGUCCGCGCCGCAGUCAGUAGCUGGCUCAGUUGACUCGGGAUCGAUUGUAUCGCCGUUGGUGAGCGGCGCGAGCACCUCGCAGGUUAUCGCCUGUCUAAACGCGGCCAGCGCCGGUGGUGGCAUAAUUACCUCUGCCGGGCCGUCCACACCCGCAGCCACUAGUCUCACUUCGGCUCUAGUCCCACUGCAUCAGCAGCAGCAGCAGCAAGCCAUCAUUGAUGCCAAAAAUCAACCAAAGCGUUUGCACGUUUCGAAUAUACCAUUUAGAUUUCGUGAUCCCGACCUUCGCGCCAUGUUUGGGCAAUUUGGUACCAUUUUGGAUGUGGAAAUCAUCUUCAAUGAGCGCGGAAGCAAGGGUUUUGGCUUUGUUACGUUCGCAAAUAGCACCGACGCUGAACGAGCACGCGAGCGUCUUCACGGCACUGUGGUUGAGGGACGCAAAAUAGAGGUGAACAACGCCACGGCUCGUGUGCAGACCAAAAAAGUUACAGCUCUUCCAAAUGUGUGCGUGCAAUGGCCAGAAGCAACGGUAGCUGCUGCCGCCGCCAUGCGUGGCGUCGCCAUCCAACGCAGUCAUAUGGGAGUUGUAGGGGCGCCAUUCAACCCAGCUUUGGCCGCCGUCGCUGUGGCCGCCCAGCAACAACAGCAUCACCAUCACCAUCAUCACCAGGCACACCACCAUUCGCACCACGCCGCGCAACAAGCGGCGCACCACCAAUUGGGAAUGCAGCAGGCGCUGCACAUGCAGUCCGCAAACGCCACAAAUCAGGCCCAUGCCGCUGCCGCCGCCGCGAUACAGAAUAGCGCCGCCGCCCAGCAGCAACUGCAAUCGCUGGCCCAAUCAGCUGCAGCCGCUGCAGCCAACACUCCGCAGGCGGCCAACGCUGCAGCAGCUGCAUACGCAGCUCGCUUGGGCGCCACAGGCGCGGCCGCACAGACGCCAUCCGCUGCUGCUGCUGCAUCCAUUGCCGCCGCAGCAAAUGCAGCCGGUAACGCCUUGCACGGAUUCACACCCGUUUACUAUGAUCCCUUCUUAGCAGCCGCUGCAGCUUCCGCCGAUCCAAAUUUGCGAUUCCAGGCAGCCAAACCGGUCUCGGAAGUUCCAGCCGCACAGCCAGCAGCCAUUCUAAAUCGCCGCACUGUGACAACGCUAAACAGUUCCCCACAUACGAUCAACCGCAUUCCGGUUCCACAAAACGUUUUGGCUACAGCACCGCUGCUAAAGACUCCGCUGUCUCAAGCACAGCAGGCGUACGCAACGGCUGCCACCACAUAUACGGCUGUGGCGGCUAGGGCUGCUUAUGGCGCUGCUGCCGCCGCUGCACAGCCAGCACUGGCCGGUUACGCCACCGUCGCGGGAUACGCUGCAAGAGAGUAUGCAGAUCCCUAUUUAGGACAUGGCAUCGGACCGGUACCCGGCUAUGGGGCAACCAUGUAUCGAGGUGGAUUCAAUCGUUUCACGCCAUAUUAAUUUAAGAAGAUACCUGGACGACUAGGUAUGGAGAGCAGCAAGUUCAUGCUGUAAACGAGGGAGCAUUCUCCUAGCAGCUGCGCUCACCACUUGCGCUCACCACCCACACUCAAUGAUUUACACAUCACAUGAAACCAAAUGAAUAUGUAUUGCAUAAGGACAUAAAUUUAGUGUUAAGUUAAGAGAAACAUGGAAAACCUUGAAAUGCUCAAGAAACAAUGCAAUUUUUAAUGAAGCAACCAAAAAAUACUCAUGCCAACCAAGCGUUAUUACGAUGAGAUUAAAAUCAAAUAUUUAUAUGAUAGCACAGCCAAGCAAAGAUUAUAAAGUAUAAACUUAGUUGAAGAUUAUCUAUAACAUAUACAUACUCACAUAUAUAAAGAGAUAUGUGCAUAUAAUUGAAAAAGGCAGUAACAAAAAAAAACAGAAGACACAAUUAACGGAAAAAUGCGUAGUUGUUAAAAUAAAUGUCGUCCAACCAAUAUUUAAAA